CGUAGACAGUGAUGUCAUCAGAGUUACUACACACCCAAACCAAAGCAGAGAGGGAAGGAAAUCACGAUUUUCAAAAGAAAGAAACAUCAUGAAGAAACUCCUGGACAAUUUGGGUUUAGCGGAUUACUAUAAAAAGAAGCUCACUCUACACACAGUACUGCAGAUCAAUAAGAACAGUAUCACAGAUGUGACUGUUCAGUCUCUUUCAGAUCUGCCGUGGCUAUUCUUGAAGAAGCUGAUGAUGCUACAGAGAACAGCGAGGAGUGUUAUGUGUUCUUCAUCAGACGGUACAGAAGAUUCAGAGAGUGAUGAUGAUCAGGAGAGUGAAUCAGACUGUCCUCAGUCAGUAAAUCCUUUAGACGUUUUGACUGCAGUGUUUCUUUGUUCUGACAGUUUUCUUCAGCAGGAAAUGAUCGUGAAAAUGUGCAUGUGUCAGUUUGCUGUUCCUCUGCUGCUUCCAAACAGUGAGAACGAUCAGAUCACUCUUAUGCUUUGGGCAAUGAGAGAUAUUGUGAAAAAAUACAGACCACACUCAUUAUCAGAUCCAAGUGCAUUUGUGGAAGAAAGGAUUGCUCUGUCAGAAUUACCUUUAGUGUCUUUUGUGAGACUUGGUAGGUGCAACAUUUCCAAAUCAGACAUUCUGAAUAAGCUGCUCAGCAAUCCACAGCAAUACACUGAUACUUUUGUGCACUUCAACAUGGAUUGUGGAAACAUCAACAAGAAAAUAUCAAAUGGGUUGGUUGAGAUGACCUGGUAUCUGCCUUGUGGAAACAAGAACAUAGAUGUCUUUCCUGAGCCUGUAGCAAUCGCGAACUUGAGAGGUGACAUUCAGAGCUUUGAAACACAGUACACUUUUCUGUGUGAGGCUUCAACUGCUGUGUUUGUGUUCUUUGAACCCCAACGUUUAGAUUCACAUUUAAUUUCAGUCCCCAGUCAGAAAUCUAAUCCUCAGCUAUUUUUUGUUGGAGACUCCAAAAACGAGAUCAUAAAAGCUACAGUCAGCAAGCUCAACUUGAAGAAAAGUAAUUUCAUUUUUAAAGAUAAGCAAAAUGAUGCAGACUUUGUCAACAAAAUCCAGAACAAGUUGCAAGAUGCAAUUACGUACAAUAAUCAUAAAACCUCAGUUGUUAAUUUAGCUGAGAUUGCAAGAAAUCUGGGAAUCUUGGUGGAUGAGGAUGUUGAAGGAUGUCAGCGUGCCAAAGCAGGGGCAGAUGAAAUCACUUCAAACAUUUAUGAUAUAGUGCAGUUCAAGAAGGAGGAGCUGCCCUUGCAAGGGGAAAUAUUGAUGAAAUUGGCAAAAUUAGAGAAGGAGAGGUGCCGAAUGAAGAAAGUUGGGGAAAAGAGUAUUGAGGACUACAAAGAUGAACUCCAGAUUGAGAAAUAUAAACUCAGACAAGAGCAAUCCAGAAAAGGCAUGUCUGCUGCCAUAAGCUGUUUUAUUAGUGCAGUAUCAUCACCAGAAAGGGCCUAUUUCUUAAAAUGGUUGAGAAUCAAUUUGGAGAAUCGCUCACAUGAAGUACUGCCUCAACUCAGAGAACUGUACAAACAGAAAUGUCAAGAUACUUGUGGGAACAAGACAGAAAUAGCUGAGCUUGAUAAACAGAUUUCAAACAGUUCUUUAGGAGUGGAACACUUCAUUCGAGAAAUGAGCCAGAUUUACGAAGCUGCAGUCUCACUCUCAGAAGAUGCACUUUACUGCAAACAAUUUGCACGUUUACCUAAACUCUGUGCUGAACUACUGCUGGAUGGAUUUCCACUUGAACUUAUGGAUGGAGAUUCUUCAAAUGUCCCUGUAAAAUGGCUGUCUAGUGUGUUUUCUGAAUUAAAUACACUGGUGGAGCCCAAAAACAAGAUUAUGGUUGUCACUGUUUUGGGCGUCCAGAGUUCAGGAAAGUCAACACUGCUGAACACAAUGUUUGGAGUUCAGUUUGCAGUGAGCAGUGGAAGAUGCACCAGGGGAGCCUUUCUGCAGCUCAUUAAAGUAACCGAUGACUGUAAAGCACAAUUAAGUUGUGAUUAUAUAGUGAUAAUAGACACUGAAGGACUGAAAUCCCCUGAGCUCGCACAACUGGACAACAGCUAUGGACACGACAAUGAGUUGGCAACUCUUGUUGUUGGACUGAGUGAUGUAACAAUUGUCAACAUUGCCAUGGAGAAUUCAACAGAGAUGAAAGACAUUUUACAGAUCAUUGUUCAUGCCUUCCUCAGGAUGAAGGAAAUAGGUAAGAAACACACAUGUUUGUUUGUACACCAGAAUGUUGCUGAUGUCUCAGCUCAUGAUUCAAACUUUAGAUAUCGUAAAUAUCUGUUGGAGCAACUGGAUGAAAUGACAGAAGCUGCACCCAAAAUGGAGAACAAACUGGAGUUCAGUAAAUUUAACGAUGUGAUGAACUAUGACACUGAGAAAGGUGACCACUACAUCCCUGGACUGUGGCAUGGAAACCCCCCAAUGGCACCAGUGAGUAUCGGCUAUAGUGAGUCUGUGUAUGAUCUCAAAAAGCAUAUAAUGGAGAUCUUCAGACGUCACAAGUCCAGUGACUUGAAUGAAUUUAUUAGAUGGACCAAAGACUUGUGGACUGCUGUGAAAUUUGAGAAAUUCAUCUUCAACUUCAGAAACCGCCUGGUGGCUGAUGCAUACAUGAAACUGUGCACAGAGUACAACACAUGGGACUGGACACUGAGAAAGCAGAUGCACACAUGAACAUUACAGGCUGAAACAAAGAUCUUAAACUAUGGAGAAUUUAACUCUAUGGAGUUCACAGUUGAAGACGUCUAUUAUAAUUUACAACGAGAAGCAGAAUCUGAGCUUUCAAAGGGACAAGAUGAAAUUAUUGACAAGAUCCAAUCAUACUAUGAACAAGGAGAAGGUCAUGUUGAACUUGUGGAAAGCUAUCGACAAAGAUUUAUAAACUCUGCCAUAUCUCUGAAGAAAGAGCUUUCAAAUUCCAUCACAAACAAACUGAAUGCAGCUCUUUCACGUCGAAAGGGAAUGAUGAAGGUGGAAGGAAUCAAAAAGACAUACAUGGACACAAUGGAGAAAAAAGUGCUGGACUUGCUGAAAUUCUGUCGUGAGAACAAAUCAGACAUGUCAGACUCCAUGCUGGAUGAAGCAUUUGAACAGAUGUGGGAGGAGACUGUCAGCACACUGUCAUACACAGGGCUACAGCAACAAGAUAUCAUGGCAAGAGUUCUUCUUGAUUUGAGGAGAAAUCUUGAAUCCAGAGGAAGUUCAAUGGCUCAAAUCUUAGACGAAGUGAAGAAUCUACAUAAUGUAGGCCAUGGAGAUUUUGUUUUCUACAAAGGUGACUUUAUAUACAAGAUGUAUCACGCUCAACGGAUCAAGACUGUUCAAGAAAUGUCAGACAACCUUAUCGUGGACUGUUGGAAAUUUGUUCAAGCAAAGAGGGAAAGUAAGAAUGAUUAUGAUGACACAUACAUGCAGGCAAUUCUCAACAUGAUUGAUGAGAGACUUAAGGCUCAUGAAGGUUUUAAGAUAAAGGAAGAUUUUGAACUGUCCCUUAAAUUACACAUCUGUGGCUUUGCAAGCAGUGAGUUUCAAAAUAUUCAUAAUGAAUUUAUCCAGGACAAUAACCCGCGAACAGCCUUGGAGAACUUUAAACAUUCAUACUACUCUAACUUCAUUGACCUUUACCGUUAACGAGACAAGUGUCAGAAGAAAGCGGAUGAAUUUAUGUUUAACUGCCUAACACCUGCCUUGGAAAGAUACGUCUGAGAAGAUGGGCAUGGAAAUGGCAGGUGAGAUGCUGAUUGGUGAAAACUCAGUUUUUGGAACAAGGAUGUCAUUUCAGAAGUCAGUCUUGAAAAAUCUUCUUGAUGUAUCUGAAUUUAAAACCUAUUUGAAGUUCAUUCAGUCAUAUAAACAGUUUGUUAAAAAGGUAAUUUUUUACAAAGUUAAAAAUCACUUUACAGGAGAGAACAAAAUGAUCACAUUUGAGGAAAAGCUCCACAGUGAAGUCAUAGAGGAAAUUACUCUGGCGAUCAAAAAAGCAGAACAAGACUCAAAGAAAAAUGACAUCAAGGGAUUCAUUGAAAACAUCUGCAAGGAACUUGAAAUCAAGCUUGUUUUCCCCAAGGAUGUUGUGGACAAAAUCAGCACACUGAACAAUGCAAAUCAGCAAAAAUUCACUGAAUCCCUUCAAUGUUCUGUGAAGGACAUGGAUAAAUUACUGAAAACCAGUUUUCAAGAAAAAAAAUUUCAAAGCAAAAUAGAUUGUCUUCAAACCAAACCACAGGAUGUGCUGUUCAAUCGAGUAUGGGGCUGUGGGAAACCGUGUCCAUUCUGUGAAGCACCAUGUGAGGCUGGAGGAGGAGCCCACACUGAACACUUUGUCUCAAUCCACAGACCAAAAGGUCUCGGCUGCUACGGAUUUGAUUAUUCUUAAAAACUAGUGACAGACAUCUGUACAUCAUUAGUGCACAGUGACAAAUGCUUUAAGUGCCUUGACACCAAUGAUCAGUGGCAUCCAUACAAGGAGUACAAAAAAAUCUAUCUAGACUGGCGAAUCGAUCCAGACCCCAGCAUAAAGGCCUCACUAUACUGGAAAUAUGAUGACAAGUUUCAUCAACUGGUUAAUUAAUUCUGGAGAUUUCAUUUGCCAAUCACAUGUAGACAGUGUUACCUGAAUAAAUUCUGAUAAUUGUAUUGUUAAA